AUGAUGACCAUGACCAAGACUUCCCUCACCCUCUUCCUGGUUGCAGCCGUCACUUCAAACGGGGUCUCGAAAGCUGCGAACCUCCGAUCUCUGGAAGGCACGACGAUUCCCACCAAUGUCAUCACCUACGCGUCUUACGACGAGUACGCGGGGCUGAUGUUGGCAGCUGUGAACAAACAGCGAGCGACGCAGGGACUCGCGCCUCUCUGUCUGAACCAGAAGCUCCACGCGUCAGCUCAACUCCAUUCGGAGGACAUGGCAGCCAAGGAUUUCAUGGGCCACGCGGGUUCCGAUGGGUCGAGGAUGACCAUGCGGAUCACCGCUGCAGGGUACGAGUGGGAAUCGGUAGGCGAGAACGUUGCCGCCGGUCAAAUCGACGUCCAUGACGUGAUGGUGUCGUGGAUCAACUCUCCGGAACACCUGGAAAACAUCAUGGGCGACUACACGAUGUUCGGCUCGGGGUACGCCUUCAACCGGAAUGGUCAGUACCAGCAGUACUGGACGCAGAACUUUGGCUCGGGAGAAGCAGAAGCUUGUGAUACGUCACUGCCGAUUCCGGAAGAAGAGGAGGAUGUCACUCAGGACGUGUACCAGGAAGAGCCGGUGAAGACGGGAAUUGCUAUGGAACCGGUCCCCGUUAAGGUAGUGGAUGUCCCGGCUCCAGUCGUGGAGACGAUGCCAGUGGAAGUCGUUCCUGCUACUGAAGCACCUGUAGUGGAGACUCCGGUCGUUGCCAUCCCGGAGAUUGUUGAAGCGCCUGGACAGGAAGCUCCGGUGACUCAGGCCAAGGACUGCGAGACGAACUUCGACAUCUUUUCGCGCUGA